AUGGCGCGGUCGAGCGCGGACGACAUGGAGCUGAAGCGCGGGUGCGAAGCCGGGAUCCUCGCCAAGGGGGACCGGGACAAGGUGGUGAUGUGCAUGCGCGUCGCCAAGAGCCGCGGCGGCGGCGGCGGCUGGGCCAAGGGCAAGCUCACCUCCCGCCACAAUAUGGCCAAGCCCCGCGUCCUCGCCGUCACCGCCAAGGUCAAAGGGCACAAGACCAAGUCGUUCCUGCGGGUGCUCAAGUACUCCAAUGGCGGCGUCCUUGAGCCGGCAAAAGUGUACAAGAUCAAGCAUCUGCACAAGAUAGAGGUCGCCCAAAACGAUCCCAGCGGCUGUACCUUCGUCUUGGGGUUUGACAACCUGAGAAGCCAGAGUGUCGCACCUCCACAAUGGACCAUGCGCAACAAAGAGGACAGGAACCGCCUGCUGAUGUGCAUCCUCAACAUGUGCAAAGAGCACUUGGGAAGCAUCCCCAAAGUCGUCGGCAUGGACGUCGUUGAGAUGGCUAUCUGGGCAAAGAACACUCAAGCAAAGGUUACACAAGUGAGCAGUAAAGAUGGGCCUGUGGAAUCACUAGUAUUAGAGGCUGAAUCGCAUGUUAUCGUUGAGAAGGACCUGGUUUCUCAGGCAGAAGAGGAGGAGAUUGAGACUCUUCUUGGCAAUUAUGUUAUGGCCAUUGGUGAAGCAGAGGCUUUUUCAGAAAGGAUGAAGCGCGAACUUGUAGCUCUAGAAUCUGCAAAUGUUUAUGCCCUAAUGGAAACUGAAUCUGUUGUCGAAGAGGUAUUGCAGGGUCUAGAAAUAGCCAGUAUAUGUGUUGAAGAUAUGGAUGAAUGGCUAGGGAUUUUCAAUAUAAAGCUCAGGCAUAUGAGGGAGGAUAUACAAUCUAUAGAAUGGCGUAAUAACAGACUGGAGUUGCAAUCUGAUAGUAAUGUGGCUUUGAUUGAUGAGGUUGACAAAUUGCUUGUGCUGCUGCAGAUUCCACCUGAGUAUGAGGCAUCAUUAACUGGAGGAUCAUUUGAUGAAGGAAAUAUGGUUAAGAACAUUGAAGCCUGUGACUGGUUAACCAGUGCUAUAAAGAACCUAGAAGCAUCCAACAUAGACCCAAUCUAUGUAAAAUUGCGUGCUGUUAGGGAAAAACGUGCAGAAUUUGUACUUCUUAAGUGCACCUUCGUUCGGAGGGCAUCAGAAUUUUUAAGGAAUUACUUUCCUAGUUUGAUUGAUUCUAUGCUAAAUGACAAAGGAAACUUCUCUCAGCGAGGUCAGCUGCAGAGGCCUGAUCACGCUGAUAUGAGGUACAAAUGCAGGACUUAUGCACGGCUUCUACAACACAUCAAGAGUUUGGACAAGAGUUGUAUGAUGCCUUUGCGGAAAGCUUACUGCCAUUCACUGAACGUGCUAAUUCGACGUGAGUCACGUGACUUUUCUAAUGAACUCCGUAAUAGUUCAAAAGCGUCAAAGAGCAGCACACCAUUGUUUGAGGGUCCUGCCGGUGCAAACCAGCCUGCAAGUAUUACAGAUAGUCCUGCAGAUGCAUACUCCAAGAUGAUUACUGUUUUCAUUCCACUUCUUGUAGAUGAGAGCUCAUUCCUUGCACAUUUUAUGUGCUUCGAAGUUUCCGCACUUUCUCAAUCUGAUGCUUCAAGUAGCAAUCCUAAUGCUGAAUCAACUAGUACUUCGUCGGUUGCAUUAGAAGCUUCUAAAAGUGUAAAAGUUAAUAUUUUUCCAGGUAACAAUCCAGCCGAGCUGGGAGCGCUAAAUGAAUGCCUUCAGGAGUUGCUUGAUGGUAUUCAGGAGGACUUUUAUACUUUGGUUGACUGGGCAUUCAAGCUAGAUCCACUGAGUUGCAUAUCUAUGCACGGAAUAACAGAUCGGUAUCUUUCUGGUCAGAAAGCAGAGGUCUCCGGAUAUGUACAAGUGUUGCUUGAUGACUUGGAGACAAGAAUAACAAUUUUAUUUAGCAGGUUUGUUGAUGAUGCCUGCUACCAGAUUGAGAAGUAUGAGCGCAAUGUGCGGCAAGUUGGAGUUGUUCCCUAUAUUCCCAGAUUCUCACAACUUGCAGCACGUAUGGAGCAAUAUAUCAAUGGAUCCAGGGAUCUAGUUGACCAGGCAUAUACUAAAAUCGUCAGUAUUAUGUUUGUUAUACUGGAGAAAAUUGCUCAAGUGGAACCUAAAUAUGUUGAUAUUGUACUUUUGGAAAACUAUGCAGCUUUUCAGCACAGCUUGUAUGAUUUGGCAAAUGUUGUGCCAACACUUGCUAAAUAUUAUCAUCAAGCUAGUGAAGCCUAUGAACAAGCUUGUUCACGCCAUAUCAAUUUGGUCAUAUAUAUUCACUUCGAAAAGCUAUUCCAAUUCGCUCGGAAAAUUGAGGAAUUAAUGUACAACAUGAGCCCUGAGGAGAUACCCUUCCAAGUUGGAAUGUCAAAGGUAGAUUUUCGCAAGAUGUUGAAGUCUAGCUUAACUGGACUUGACAAGACAAUCAAUGCAAUGUAUAGAAAACUACAGAAGAAUAUGACUGCCGAGGAAUUGCUGCCUUCACUAUGGGAAAAAUGCAAGGUUGGGGAUACAUAUAGGGUUGCAUACUUGGUCCUUAAGAAAGGAUUACAUCAUAUUCUACAGAUGCUAAAGCAAGAUAAGAUAAAGAUAAGGUGGUGCGGCUUUCGUUUUCACUGGCGCAGCCUCUGGUUCCAGCCAACUGAUGGGCUGCUCUGGCGUCCUAGCGACUGGACCCAUCACCACAUGGGUAGAUCUGUUUGUAGUGGUGGUGGUGUCAAGGACAACGUUGGCAAAUGUCGCAAGGGGCAACAAUGCCGCAACAACUACACAGCUUGCAGCGGCCUGCAACGACUUGCCUUGCAUGACAAUGGCUUGGUUGGUGUGGGCAUCGCCUUCAACGGUGGUGCAAGCAACUUGGUAAUUUUAUCAUCCGAUGAUAGUGUUGGGAUGGUUGCGGAGUGA